CUUUUCACAGCUGGUUUCAUACUAUUUACUAUUUGGUCAAGCCUUGCUAAUCUAUAACCCUAAGCAAAUCCAAAUCAGAUCCAACUUAUACAAGCACAUAUUAGAGCUGGGCUCCAAAGAGUACUGGACAUCUGUAGUACCUAACAUUCAAGCAUUUGGCGAGAUAUCAAUAUUUCAGAGAGCACUUUAUAUGUUUUGAUUUGAAAGCUAAUGCAGUGUUUUCCACUGGUCAACACGAGCAGUCCAGCAGAAAGCAAAAUCUAUUUCCCUCAUCAUCAAAUGCUACACUCAGUUGCUGAUCCUAUCUUGCCUACAGAGAACCUAAGAGACUGGAAAAAUUGGAUCUUUAAUGAAAAAAGGCCACUUCGAGACGAUAAACACUCACUGGACAAAACAACUUCGCUGAAAAGAGACCUCAUAUUAUGCAAAAAAAAUCUUAAAAGGCCUCUGCCUUCAGAAGUUACAAGAUGAUCAAUUCAACCUCCACACAGCCUCCAGAUGAAUCCUGCUCUAAGAACCUCCUGAUCACUCAGCAGAUCAUUCCCGUGCUGUACUGUGCGGUCUUCAUUGCGGGAAUCCUACUCAAUGGAGUGUCAGGAUGGAUAUUCUUUUACGUGCCCAGCUCCAAGAGUUUCAUCAUCUAUCUCAAGAACAUUGUUAUUGCUGACUUUGUGAUGAGCCUGACUUUUCCUUUCAAGAUCCUUAAUGACUCAGGCCUUGGCCCCUGGCAGCUGAAUGUGUUUGUGUGCAGGGUCUCUGCCGUGCUCUUCUACGUCAACAUGUACGUCAGCAUUGUGUUCUUUGGGCUCAUCAGCUUUGACAGAUAUUAUAAAAUUGUAAAGCCUCUUUGGACUUCUUUCAUCCAGUCAGUGAGUUACAGCAAACUCCUGUCAGUGAUAGUAUGGAUGCUCAUGCUCCUCCUUGCUGUUCCAAAUAUUAUUCUGACCAACCAGAGUGUUAGGGAGGUUACAAAUAUAAAAUGUAUAGAACUGAAAAGUGAACUGGGACGGAAGUGGCACACAGCAUCAAACUACAUCUUCGUGGGCAUCUUCUGGAUUGUGUUUCUUUUGUUAAUCGUCUUCUAUACUGCUAUCACAAAGAAGAUCUUUAAGUCCCACCUUAAGUCAAGUCGGAAUUCCACUUCAGUCAAAAAGAAAUCUAGCCGCAACAUAUUCAGCAUCGUGUUCGUGUUUUUUGUCUGUUUUGUACCUUACCAUAUUGCCAGGAUCCCCUACACAAAGAGUCAGACUGAAGCUCAUUACAGCUGCCAGUCAAAAGAAACCUUGCGGUAUAUGAAAGAAUUCACUCUGCUACUAUCUGCUGCAAAUGUAUGCCUGGACCCUAUUAUUUAUUUCUUUCUAUGCCAGCCAUUUAGGGAAAUCUUAUGUAAGAAAUUGCACAUCCCAUUAAAAGCUCAGAAUGACCUAGAUAUUUCCAGAACCAAAAGAGGAAAUACAACACUUGAAAGCAUAGAUACUUUGUGAGUUCCUACCCUCUUCCAAAUAAAGACCACAUGUGCAUGUUGUCAUCUUCAAUUACAUAAGAUAAAUAAAUAUGUGCCCUCAUCAUAAGUAUUAUCUCUAGCACUGCCAUCCAAUUUAGUUCAAUAAAAUUCAAAUAUAAGUUUCCAUGCUUUUUUGUAACAUCAAAGAGAACACAUCCAUCUGUAAUUUCUCUAAUACUGACUUUUCUAUUCUCUAUUAAUAAAAAAUUAAUACACACAAUUAUUCAAUUCUAUUAUAUUAAAAUAAGUUUAAGUUUAUAACCACUAGUCUGGUCAGUUAAUGUAGAAAUUUAUAUAGUAAAUAAAACAGGACAUAAUCAAAGACAACUCACCCAGGCAUCUUCUUUCUCUAAACACCAGAAUCUAGUAUGUAAUUCUUUUCAACACUGUGCUUAAAGACUAACUUGAAAGCAGGCACAGUUUGAUGAAGGGCUAGAGGGCUAUUUGCAAUAAAAAGUCAACUUUUUUUCCUGAUUUGAAGAAGCAGGAUAAGCACACACCCAGAAAAUCACCUAAGAAACCCCUCAUUGAUUUACUUCAUGGCACUGCAAAGGAAAAGGAAUAUUAAUUGUAUACUUAGCAAGAAAAUUU